AACUGUGAGAAUGCUGGGAUGUUCAUUGCUUAAUUAUCUCAGGAGUCACACCUGUGUGGAAGCUCCUGCUUUCAAUAUUCUUUGCAUCCUUCAUUUAUUCAAGCGUUUCCUUUAUUUUGACAGUUACCUGUACAUUACAGUACCUUCAUUGCUCUUUGUGGUGUGGGGAUGGCUGGUUUAAGCAGCCACACCUGCCCUGGGUCAAGCUAAUUAGACCUGGCCAAUUGGAUAAUUGGUUAAGAAUUAGAUAAUUGGCCAGGCUAAUUGGACCCAGGAACAGGAGUGGCUGCACCUGUGCGUAGUGAGGUAAUCGGUGCACACAGGUUAAAUCUGCCAUCCCCACACACACCAGGGAGCUUCGGUCAUGACUGGGUUACAUCUGCUCACUUUGGCUGUUACCAUCUUGCCAAACCCUCAUGAAAAUAAAUCUGGACUGUUGGAACAUCAUCUCCCUGUGUCUCGGUGCUGGAGGGCCCCAAGGAAAGCCACUUUGGUGGCCUGUGGCAGGCGUGUUUGUCACACUCUUGUUUUUCACUUAUUAUAACUUGUCUCUCAUGAUGUUCUCUACUGAGUACGUUUAUACAUGUAUACAUCUUAUCACAAUUGUGCUGUUAUGUGUUUUUCAGAGCUACAAGAACAUCAAGGAAAGAGCCCAGUGCACACUGCAGGAUCCAGAGCUGCUCUCAGGGGCACUGAUAGAUGUGGCCAAACACCUGGGCAACCUGAAGUUCAGAGUCUGGGAGAAGAUGCUGGAGAUGGUGCAGUACACUCCUGUGGUGCUGGACCCCAACACUGCAGCCCCCUGGCUCUCUCUCUCUGAUCUGACCACUGUGAGACACACAGGUACAGACCAGAAAUAUCCUGCCAACCCAGAGAGGUUUAGCUACAUUGUGAGUGUGCUGGGAUCUGAGGGGUUUACCUCAGGGACACACAGCUGGGAGGUGAAGGUGGGGAAUAAAUAUAAGUGGGAUAUAGGAGUGGUGAAAGAGUCCAUCAGUAGGAAGGGAAGUAUAACAUGCAGCCCAGAGAGAGGAUUCUGGGUCUUAACGCUGAGGAAUGGUGAUAAGUACUAUGCAUCUGGAGUUACUGACCUCACACUGAAGAGGAAACCCCAGAGCAUCAGAGUGCAGCUGGACUAUGACAGGGGGGAGGUGUCCUUCUUCAACUCCAGUGACAUGUCACUCAUUUACACUUUUAAAGACACAUUUACUGAGAGAGUGUUUCCGUACUUCUCUCCCUGUUUGAAACAAGAUAAGAAUGAAGGACCGCUGCAAAUAUGCCCAGUGAAAAUCUCUGUGAAAGUGACGUCAAACCAGUGAAGGUAUU